AUGUGCAUCUUCUGUGUUGCAUUAAAACUCCCACUUUGCUUAUUUCCCUCUCUCUCUUCUAGUUUAAACUUUUCCUUCUCCACCAAAACAUAUCUCUCUCUCUUUCUCUCCUCAUAUCAAGCAAUGUCGACGAGCCACAUGAACCGUCCGUUCUUGAUCCUUCUCCUCCUCUUUGUCUUGUUACUUCUCUCCACUUCUCUAACCGCUGAAGAAAACCGGCCGACAUCAAGAAACUUCCCUUACCGAACUCACCGCCAUGUCCCGAGUGUUCACCAUCCGUAUCACGUGAGUCCACACGGUUCAUGCGACUCUUUCUCUCGUCCUUACGCUCGUUCUAUGUGCCUUGAGCUUCAAAGAAUCCACCGUAACAGCCGGAAACAGCCAUUUUCUCUCCCUCCUCCUCCGCCGGAGAUUGACCCAAGGUACGGCGUCGAUAAAAGGCUCGUCCCCUCCGGUCCAAAUCCUCUUCACAACUAAAAAUUAAACCCUAUAUGUUUGUAUACAUAAUACACGUACGGGGACCCUAGUUAUAUUUUAUUGCUGACACGUUUCUUGGAGUACUACUUGUGUCGAAAGAUCUGUAUGUUUUUCAUAGAGAUUCUUUUUCCUGAAGGCGAAGGUUCGAUCAUUUCUUCAUUGAGGAUCUUUCUUGAAUCUUGAUACUACUCUCUUGAUAUAUCUACGUUAUGGGAGGGGGAGAUGUUACUAUUUCCAUGCUUGUUUUCUUAAGACUUGUUGUAUGAGUGUGGAAACAAUCUUGGAAAUAGUGUAUUCUUGCAUUGUCUUU